ACGCACAUUCCUCGCCAACAUACUUCACCAUUAGACAGAGUUCGCUGCUCGCGCGGUUUGGCCUCAGCGCUCGCGCGAACUUUACACGUCGAUGUCUGUUCGUGUCGUCGUCGUCAGAGUCAAAGUCUCCACAUUUAUUAAUCGUGUUGUAUUUAGCGCUGUUGGGUGCCGUCGGUACUUUAAUGAUUAAUUAACAGAAAGUUAAAGUUGUUAGGCUUUGCGAUUUGCUUCGCGUGCGGAGAGACCGACCGACAGAGAAUCAAGUUCGUCUGAAAUACAACUGGUGUCUGUGAGAUAAAGCUUCAUCGUGACGACGCCUCGCCUUCACCACUCAGGCGAAGGACCGAUGCCACAGGAGGCCAGCGGGACAGCCACGGCUACCUAAGGAGGCCGCUCCUCCCCCCGGUGGAGAGACGCGCGGGGAGAGACGCGCCCGCGGCAUGAAGCCCUGCCCUCCCAUGGAGGCGAGCGACGCGGGCUCGUGCAGCCCCUUCAUCCAGCGCCUGAUCCAGGAGCAGCUGCGCUACGGGGACCCCCACGAGGCCCGCCUGCUCCUCGCCCUGCAGCAGCAGGCCGCCAAGGCGGCCGCCGCGUCGCCUGCGUCGUCCGCUUCGUCGCCCGCCGAUCGCCAGGAUCCCCAAGGGCAGGAGGAGGAUGGCGAGACGGAGCCGCUGCCUCCCUCCUAUGCCGAGGCCAAGGCCCUCGCGAUGAGCCGCCAGGCCAACGCGGCCGUGGCAGCCGUUGCUGGCGGCGGCGGCGCCUGCUUGCUGGUGGAGGACUACCAGCGCGCGCCGCCGGAAGCGGAGCUCUGCGCGAGCUCCCGCGUCUGGCUGGCGAACGGCGCUCCGUCGUCGUCGCCGUGCGAGGAUGCGGCGGCGGCGGCGGCGAAUGUGAAUGUGCGAUCGCUGGGCGAAGUUGCCUCUUUCACCCAGGAGGUUGCGUAUGCACAGCACCACCAGCAGCAGCAACAUCUACAGCAUCUACAACAACAGCAACAGCAGCAGCAGCACCAUCUACAGCAUCUACAACAGCAGCAGCAUCUGCAGCAGCAGCAACAGCAGCAGCAUAUUCAACAGCAGCAUUUUCAGCAGCAGCAGCGUCUGCAGCAGCAGCAGAGGGGCACGGCAGUGGCCAAGGGCCGCCAGGGCGGUUUGAGUCGCGCCGCGUCGCAGCUGUGCGGCCGCCAGGCCGUAGGCUGGAGCCGGAUGACGCACAGGGCCUGCUACAGCGACCCCAGCUCCAGGGAGCGCUGGGAGGAGCAGGGGGACGUCGCCCGCGGAGACGGAGCGCCGCGCGAGGCGCGUGGCCCCCCGCGGGCGCCGGCCGACACCGCCUGGCUCCGGGGGGCGGCCCCCCCCUCGCAGUUCACGCCGCAGCAAGCCCGGCCUCUGCCCACGCCUGCGUCGAUGCCAACCUUGCACCAGAAUUUCCAGGCACCUGCGGCCCAAAUUCCACCACAGCAGCAGCAGCCAAGCCUCAGCCUAGCGGAGGUUCGGGCCCAGCGGCUAGGUGAAGCCUUGGCCCAGGAGAACAGACUUUUGCGAGCUCAGUUGGAGGAGCAGAAAGAUAAGAUGUGCCGCUUGGAAAAGUUGGAGAGCGAGAUUUGCCGGCUGUCGUCCGCCUACCACACCAUGGUGGAGUCCUCCAACAAGCGGGAGGCGCUCGAGAAGUCGAUGCGCAGGAAGAUGGAAGCGGAGAUGAAGCGGCUGUCUGAGCUCAACCGCCAACUGAUGGGUGGGGAGGCGCUCACGAGCGAUAGAUGCGCCGCGGAGUUUGAAGGCCGCGUGAGGGAUCUGGAGGAGGCUCUUGGCGUAGCCCGGGAGAAGAACAGUCGGCUGCAGGAAGAGCUGCAGCGGAAGGUUGCCUGUGAGCACAGGGUGGAGACUCUCCAGGCAGCCCUGGCCCAGCUGCAGGCAGCAGCAGGCAAGCGAGACGUCAUGGAGCAGAGGCUCCGAAGCCACCUGGAGAAGGAAGUGAAGAGUCUCAAGUUGCAGCAGCGCCCGACGCCCGGAGCGGACCCCACGGCGACUCCGUCGUCGCCCUCGGCGGCGCAGGAAGCCGGCGCCCCGGGCCCUGCGGAGGACGACGUCCCCCGGCUGCGGCGAGCGCCGGAGGAGCAGGAGUCGCGCCUGCUGCGGCUGCAGGCGGAGUCGACGCGCUGGGAGCAGCGCUACCUGGAGGAGCGGGCGCUGCGCCAAUUCACCACUGAGGCCGCCGCCACCGCUGCCGCUCACCGGGACACUUCGUCUCUCCUGUGGGAGGAUCGCGCCAGCCCGGCGAGCGACAGCAGCGCCGACUUCAACGCGGCUCAGCGGCGCUGCGCCGAAAUGGAGAACAGGCUGCGAGGACUUCACUCCCAGCUGCUGGAGCGUGAUGCCGUGAUCCGUGUUCUGCACUCGCGAGCCGGAGUCUGCUCCGAGCUGACGAGCCCAGGCACGGCAAGAGACCUGGACUCGAACCUUCGCCCCACCUCCUCAGCAUCCUCGCCAUCGUCACCAUCAGCAGCGGCAGCAGCUCACAGCCAAGCUCAACUCAAUGGCACAGGGGGUCACGAAGAAUCCGGAGCUCCGAGCGGUCGCGACGGCGGAAUGACGGGAGUCACAAUUGGCCGAGAAGCGUCGCGAGAUUCUGGAAUCCUGAUUGGCCAGGAGCCCGAAUGGGCCGGCUACUGCCUCGCGGAUCUGUCCAUGGAGCAGUUCAACCGGGAACGGCAGGAGCACUGCACGCGGAGUGAACUCGCGCCCUCGGCCCCAUCCACAUCACCGCCAUCAUCGUCGUCGCCAUCAUCGUCGCCAUCAUCGUCGUCGCCAUCGUCGUCGUCGUCCCUCUGCCCCAAGAUGCUGAUUGGUCGAGAGCCGUCGCGCGACUCGGGAAUUCUGAUUGGCGACGGCGACGUGGACGAGAGCGAGGGGCGGUCACAAGGUGUGGCGGCUGCGAUGACGUCAUCGUCCUCGUCGUCAUCGUCGUCUUCGUCGUCGUCGCUGCAGUCCCGCUACCGGUCAAACGCCGGCACACAAACGGACAAGGGGGCGGCGCAGGACAGGCCUCAGGCUCGUGCGUCGGACACCGUGGAAAUCCUCAUCUGAGGCACCCGGCGGCUUCGCCCCACCUUAGGGGGCCCUGGGAAAGGCGAAGGCCAAAGGUCAAAAUAAACACGGAGGGGAGGGCAGCGGGCAUCGCCGUCGACAGCACUCGGCCAGCAGCGGAAGUUCCUCAUUCCUGCGGGCGGGCGGGGCCCGCCGGGCUUUUCCAAAGGAACGACCGCUGCUGGCUGCUCACUCUAAGCAGUACUUAAUUUUAGAUGAUGGACCGAGUCGACCUCCUGGCGGGGAUUUGAACUCGUCAAAGCCCGAACGAAGAAGCGACUGUUAAUUUUUGCUACCUACGGCUGCGGUGUGAGCGGGGCUUCUCUCCCGCCUGAGUGUGAACAGUGGAAGGCAAAGGGGCAGCCCUAGAGUCGCUUGAGCCACGCCACUGCUGGCGGAAAAGGGGCCCCCGCCGCGGAGAGUUUACUCCUGUUCUGCUUUCCAGCUUGUUACUUCGCUCACCGUUUCAUCAAAAAAAAGAGGACAAAGAUCACCCGUGCCACUGUUGCUGUCGGCGAGCAGCUAGGAAGGGCCAGCACAGCACACAUACGGGGUGGGUGACCGGCUCCACGCUCCGAGUGGGACCGGUUCAGAUAAUCGUCACUGGGCGACAGUGGCCAUGGGCGGGAGUCGAAUUCGGGCGGCCGGGUUCGGAGCGCAGCGUAGCGCUAACCGCCACGCCACCUCUUACCACCGCUCACCACCACCACCGCCAUGCCACCGCUCACCACCACCACCACCACCAACCAACAGCGCCAACGCAAUGGUCACCGAACGAGUUUGCCUCUCCGGCGUGUCAUCCGGCCGUGCCACAUGGAAAUGGCGUCCGACGUUUCGCCUCCCCCCCACGUGCUUUGGGGGGGUGGGGAUAAGCAUCGCCAGUGCCUGAAUUGGGAGACCGAACCGAAAUUCGGUUUCCUGAAGAAGGCUUCCAGCACUUGGGAGCGAAACGUCGGACGCCGCGGCAGAGCCCCAAAACCGUGAAGCGCGUCGGGAGGUUGCAGAACGGAGAGAGGCCUGAGGACUCCACGCUGACCACAAAGUCCGGGUCAUGAAACCGCGCGGUCGGCAAUAACAACAACAACAAGAAGAAUACUUCCAGCAAUUUCUGUGUUGCAGUUGUCCUCGAUGCCGCAGUUCUUUGCAUCGUAUUUAACUAUUUAUGUUCAAUCUGUCCGCCGGUGACUCGUGGUCAGAAUGUAUUAUGAUGAUGAUUAUUAUUAUUUUGGGAGGAAGAAAAUGUUGCGAGACAAUGACUGAAGAGGCGGUGGUGGCUGAUGAACGAUUAUGGAGAUUAUUUGGGUCUGUUUGUGUUUAUAUAUUGACGCCACAGCCGAUAUGAACUUUAGCCUGCAUUUAAAUUCUCGUAAUGUUUUUAGCCUCGCGUGAGGGUGUGUUUUAUGUCAGGAUUAUGGCCCAAUUCACAAUUCGAGCUCCAGUUCGGGCUCCAGUGAUGGGUUCGCAACCUAUCUUAGGUUGUUAACAUCAUCAUCUUCAGCAGCAGUAGCCACACAAUGAGUUUCAUCUGCUGUGCUUUGUCAACAGUAUUUGUUCAGAGGAUCGACUGGGUCUCACCAUAGGAAUGUGGAAUUUCGCACCAAUGGAGAAGGACACUUGCCUGCGCUCGUGUAAACAGGGAGACACCAUGGACUGAACUCAUUUGGAGUUCCUGAUUUACAUCGCAAAAAAACACGCACAAAGGGAGUUUAAAAGAGAUUCAUAACAUUGUAGAAAUAUCUUCGCUAGUGGCUCACAUUUGCGAACAACCCUGAUUCCUCAGCUGGCCUGAUGAAAAAAGGAUCGCAUUUGUCCGUGUGCUUGUGGGCGCGUGGACCGCGCGAUCAAAAAUCAAAGCGUCCUCGCGCACUUGUCGAUAUGUGAAUGCGCUGUCAAGAUCGCCCUCCGCUGUGAAGGAGGCCGAUCUUGAAGGACGCUGCUGCCGCUGGGCGGUUGGAGGCAGUCGCCCUCCAGCAGCAACGGAGGCCGGAGGAGCGCCGCUCGCAACAACGAGCGGAGCACCGGGUGGCUCAAACACAGCAAGUAGGCACAGUCGGGGUACAGCUGGUGUGCAUUUGCCAGUCGUCUCAGUCGGUCAACUCACGGCACCUGGGUCUGUUCUGAGACCUGUCAGCGAGCCUUCGACGCUUCACGUGGCCCCAAUGUACACCUGGCCUGGCCCAAGCGCCAUGGUGACGUCGUUGCCGCUUGGUGUUGAACGCCUCGAUAUCCGAUUUAUAUCAGCAAUCGAUCACGCUUCACCAUUAUCCGCUCGGAUUUACUGACACGAAGAUGGUGAGAGGGGAGCGGUCGAGUCUCGGACCUCCAUCCCCAGUUGUGUGCCGCUGGACGGGGAGCUGAUGGCGACGUCGGCAGUGGGUAACGUACCGUUGGUUGAUGAUGGUAGUUGGAUGAGUUACUCAGCCUCAGCGUCCGGCCCGGAACUCGAAAAUGGGAAUUGUGGGCCGGACGAUUUGCGCCACCUUUUUGUUGUUUCGGCCAAGAAGAAAAAAACUAAACAUUAAAAUUUCAGCAAAGUUAUUUAUAUUUUGUAAUGUACGCAUGUGUCGCUUAAUCAAUGUCGGUUUAACGCAUCGGCUCGUUGCACGGGACCGCGGGUGCGGUGUCCGGUGCGAGCCCUGCGAGGCGUCACGCCUGCUGCGCGCGGGGGCCGCGUGCCUUGCCGACGACACUUUCGAUGGGGUUGUGUUGGAGGCGACGCUUCCAAUCGGCGGCAUAUUUAUGAGAACCAAAGAGACAGCGCGUUUGGGGCGGCGCUAUCCCAACUUGUGUUUUGAAGGCUUUAAGUAGACUAGGAAUUAUUGUUGUUGUUGUUGUUGGCUCACUUGUGACAUGUAAAAGUGUUUGUGAUUUCGUAAUUGAUGUUGGGGCUAAUCCAUCGCGUGGCCGAUAGAUUAUCGUAAUGCUUGUACAGCCUAAGGCGGCCGUGUCGGCAAUAUUUACAGCGGCGUCGCAUUCUCUCUAUAUAUUUUGUAUUCGUAUUCAAUUUUUCUUGCAUAUUUAUGUACACGUGCCGUAUUUGUAUUCCAAGUGAUUAUUUCUCCACCACCGCCACCCACCACCGCCACCCACCACCCAUCACCACCAGGACCCACCACCACCACCCACCCACCGCCGGCCCGAUAAUCACGACCGCUUUCGCUUGUUCCGAGCUUGACAACGCGAACAUUUCUCCCCCCCCCCCUCCCCAUGCGAGCCUAGGCACGGCCGGGUUGGCCCUGCGUUGUCUUUACCACCACCGUUGUCGUGUGCCGGCCGCGUGGCUCGCAGCACGUGACGGCCGGGGGCGACGCGCGGUUCAAAUGGCUCGCGAGUGCGGCCCGCGCGGUCCACGCCACAGGGUGGCCAGGAGAUGUUAACUACCUCGCCUGGUGUGCAGGAGGUGGCGGGUUCGAUCCCGACCCUGACGCCUGCUGCUGUAUUUUUGGAGUUUGCGUUUCUCUCUCCCCGUGGUCGCGUGGAUUUUCCUCCGGGUACUCCGGUUUUUCCCUCACAUUUAGAAUCAACAUCACGCGUUCAGAGUAUUUGGCUGCUAUAAAUUUCCACACAGUGAUAAGCCGCUUCGUGGUAGUCAAGUCGCUCCUGCUAUAGAGCUACACAGCUCAGUGUACCUUGGCUGGUAAAAUAAAAAUAGUUGAGUAGUUUCGGUUUUGUCGCUCGCAGACGUGGGGCUCCAGUGAGAGAAGGCGGCCCUCUGGAAAGGGCUCCGUCCCGUGGGUAUUGUCCUUGGCCUACUCUUCCGCGCCGGUCGGGUCGCGUCUUGGAAGAUGAGGUGGGAGUAACCAACAACUUCGAAUUACUCUUCUUUGCCUCUCGGUCAACGAAAUCGGGAAUACGAAAGGCGAGGCUCACGUCGUCAUCAUCGUACAUUUAAACGUUCCAAAUGUUUUAAAACGUCGUGACGAGCGCACUGUCGUUAUUUGUACCUCCUCGGUGUUUUAAACAAUGAUAACGCAAGGGUGGUGGUGGUGGUGAUCGGGAGGGGGAUGGUGAUUGAAACAGUCCAUGGCCCACGUUCCAAAGCAUCGGUCACAUCUCCGCUGUGCAGAAGCCACGAGCGCGUCUGUUGCCACUCCGAGUUCAGCUCGAGAGAGGAAAACGAUCAAACGAUUGUCGUGUUUCAUCAGCACUUCACUUCAGAAUGUUUUACUUCAAAGACACCCAUCGCAGUAAACUUUGAUGUUCGUGUUGUACAUGCGAGCUUGUUGGUCUUACCGUGUAAUCAUGUUUAUCUUAUUUAUCCAUUGCUCCUUGUUAUGAUUUGAACGCCAUGUUAUAGUCCUAAGUUUUAGUCAAAGAACAAAAAGCAUUUAAAUGUGUUUUAUUGUUUUCAGGCUGGCCAUGCAGUCACAUCAAGUUGACCUUUCGUAUUUAAAACCAAACUUAGACGAUGCUCGCGUGUAUUCUGCUUUGCGACGUCGCCUCUGCGCUCGCAGUGCGGACGUUGAACUUCGUUCGCACCGCCGCACGGAGCCACCUGUGCCCACUCGGAGGUGCGGGGGGGGUCCCAGGGCCGAGUCGAUGGACUUCGCCGGUCACUGCGCCGGUCCUCACGCUCCGCUGCGGCGACAGGCCGGGUUCGCCGUGGCAGCAGCGGGAAACGAACGCUCAGGGCCAAUUCGUCGCAAGUGUCGCAGCCAUCGCCGCCGCCGAGCGCGAGAGUGACGGCUCCCUGUCCGUGGCGCUCGCUUGCCCCGCGAGCGGCGUGCGAGGGCUUCGUGCGUGGAAGUCGCGUCGUGAACCGCGGCGUCGAAGCCGCCGGCUUCUGCGAGUGCAGCAGCAGCAGCAGUAUUAUUAUUUAAUUCGCUGUCCGCCUGCUUCGUGGCCUCGGGCCCCAGCCGCGUGGCCACGCUCUGGCCCGGCUGUACGGGGGAGAGGCGUCCGUGCGUUUGUC